AAAUCGUUGCAAACCAUCGACAAUACAAAAUGUUCAAGCUCUGCGUCUUUGUUGCUCUGCUCAGCCUGGUGGCUGCUGCUCCCGCUCCCGCUCCCGCUCCCGCUCCAGCUCCCGUUCCAGCUCCUGCUCCUGCUCCCAGCCUAGUUGGUCCUGCUCUGGUUGCCUCUCCCUGGGGACAUCCACUUUAUGCUAGUCACGUUGUUGCUGCUCCCCGACUUGUGAGCUAUGUGCCUGCUCCUGUUUCUCACAUUGCCAUCAGUCAGGUGCAUCCAGCUCCAGUUGUCGUGAAGCAUCUGUGGUAAUCUUCUCCAGCAGUCUGAAGAAAGACACACACAAACACUCACACAACACAUGCCGAAAUUCGCUGCCACCAUCUUCUCCUGUCCACACAUACAUAUACAUUUUCUAUUUUCAUUUGAGUACCCUGUUUAUGCAAGAAAACCAACACAAAAAUCAUAAAAAAAAAAUUUCUAGAAUCUACAUUAAUUGUGUGCAAUAAAAUGCCCUAACUGAAUAAAUUCCUAAAGCGAACAAA